AAUGAAUGUCUGUUCAGCUCAUCUGUAUGUGGUCCAAAUUCCAACUGCACAAAUGAAAAGGGAAGUUACAGUUGCUCAUGUCUGGAUGGAUUCACUGCAACAAACUCAAGUCUCCCAAUCAGCAUCAAUAACACAUGUACAGAUAUAGAUGAAUGUCUGGUCAGUCCAUGUGGUCCAAAUGCCAACUGCACAAAUCAGUUGGGAAGUUACAAUUGCACAUGUUUGGGUGGCUUUAGUACAAUAAACUCAAGUCUCCCCAUCAGCAUCAAUAACACAUGUACAGUGCCACCAGUAACACGAACUACUACUAUUACUCCUCUUACUACUGCUACAACAACUCCUUCUGCUGCUACUAAUACUACUUCUGCUGCUGAUACUACUUCUGCUACUAUUACUACUGCUGCUGCUACUACUACUACUGCUACUACUCCUUCUAUAACUGCUACUCUAACUACUACUGUAGCUACAACGACAACUCCAGCAACAACAAAAGGUAUGUACUAA